AUGUCAAUACUGGAUUUGGACGAUUUUGAUGACGAGGAUUUUGAGGACUCUUCCGUUGAAGAACAUUCCGAUGAUGGAUCUUGGAGAAGUAACAAGAAUAGCGAGCAACAGUUAUCAGCCAGAAGCGAAGAGCCUCAAUUAUCUCAUCAUCAGCGUGAAGAAGAAAAUCCUCAUGAAUUGGAAGAUCUAGAUCCGAUGAUGUUCGGGGGUAUUGAGACACAUCAAGACAAUGUAGGGAAUGAAAACCAAAGCUUCGAAGAGGCACAAAAUAAUAGCUCAAAAGAUGGUCCUCUCAUUGUUGACUUGCAAGAUUUUGAAUUAAGUGACGAAGAGCAGUCGUUUUCUGAUGGUCAACUCAAUCCAUUAGACAGCUCGCAUGAAAAUGUUCAAAACAAACCCACACAACCGAAAUCAUUAAUGGAAGAUAAAGGCAAGGAUUCCCAUGAGUCCUCAUUACAAGAUAUCGAGGACUUUGAUGAAUUCAGCGGAGACGAGCACAACGAAGAAGAAGUUACGGUAUUGCAAGCAUCGCUUCCUUCUUCGGAGAAUAGUUUGAUACAUCAUCAGCCUCAAAAUGAAACAACCUCUAACUUUCCAAAUGAAACUCACAAUAUUUCUAAGGAACACCAAUUGGAUGAUGUACAAAAACAAUUAGCAGGAAGAGCGUUUUUCAAUGAUGUAAGGAAUGUAGAGCAAAUUUGUCAAUUUUCCGACUCUGAAAGUAAACCCAAAGAGAACAAAGAUUUUCCUCAAUCGAGCUCCAAACAACAACCAAAGGAAGAAGAUUUACUCCCCAAAGCGCUUAACAAAACCUCGAAGGCCAGCCCAGAAGCCAUCUUUAUUCCACACAAACAUGAGGAUCAUAAGGUUACAGAAAUGGAAAUAUUGAAACGCAAGACAUGUGCCCCUAUCCCUUCGAUUAAGAAAGCUGAAAUAUCAGACCCCUUCGUAAAAAUUAAAACAGCUUUCGAAUCACCAGAAGAAGAACUGUGGAACAAUAAUGUUUUUCGAAAGUAUGGAGUGGAAUCAACGAUGACUGAAACGCUUUCUAAAAAGACCUCGAGGCAAAACAUUGACUUACGAGACGAAAGCCUUCUUCAUUUAGUUCUUGGAUUGUUUUAUACUAAUGGUUUUUCACAAGCUUGUGACAAAAACAGGUUUCAAAGUUCGUUUAAAAAGCGAGUACCAAGGGCAACAGACAAGAUUGAUAUGACCACCAACACAACCACCUCAGUUCCCAAUCCUAACACCUCUAAGAUUAGCUCCAAGUCACGCUCUAUUAGAGAUCAACCAUCUCUUUUUUCUCAACAUUUCAAAGACGAAGGGAGUCUUGCACAGGUAUUAGAAUUGUACUUGUUAGAUUUUCUUGAAAAAAACAACCGAGCUCUUCGAAGUAAUUUGAUUUUUAUUUUAAUGAGUGAAUUAGCUACAAUUCUGAAUACCAUUUCAUUGUAUUACUAUUCGACGCUCUCACAAGGCGGAAGUAAUAUGAACAUUCCAUCAUUUUCAUAUAGAGGUCCAGAACUGAGUAGUACACUUUUUGAAACAUUCAUGUCAUGCUUUCCUUUUACCAAAUUAUCCACAAACAAGUAUACAUUAGAACAUUGGAUUAGCCUUAGCCAUAUCAAUGAAAUUAUUUAUACACUCUCCAGAGUCAUCAAAAGUCGAUUUUGGAAUUUUGAUUUUAGACCAAAUUGUGAUCUAGGUCAUCUCAAGCUUGACGUCAAUCUGAGUGUAUUUGAUGCUCAUUUACCUCAACCAUCUUCAAACUCCCACAUUUUGGAAAUACCCCUCAAUGAAUUAAUGUAUCUUCAUCAACAAAAUGCAAAACAACAAGAGGAGGCUCCUACCACUCCUACGACACAAGAAUCGCUUGAGGAAAGACUUAAAAAUUCAAUACUGUUCGAACGAGGAUCUAAUGGUGUUGACAAGAAUUUGUUUGCCAAAUAUCAACCUGCAUUGGUACAAACUUGCUUGGACGAGGUGUUGAAUGAAAUAUUUGCUGAUAAAUUUAUCAUUGACACCAUUCGACAACGAGUUGCAGAUAAGAUUGAUCAACUCUAA